UCCCCCUCUCUCUCCAGUGGUCUGUUAAGAGGUCAUAUUCAAUCUCAUCGUGAUCCUUGUAUACCUCAUCUUGCUCUUCAUCAGAGAGACAUAGUCUACAUUGACUCAAUGAAGAAGAGACAUCCAGAGGAUGUUACGAAAUAUGAAAUGGAAAUUGCAAAGACACUUGAUUUUAUUGAACAUUGCCAAAAAUCACGAUACGAUCACCUGAUGCCUUGUAAACCUGUACAAAAGUAUCUAAACUCAGUUCUCUACAUCGACGAACUUCAAAAGUUCUUCGAAGACGACAAUUACAAGUUAUCACUUCAAAUUGAACCACCUGCAAGAAAGUCUCUGAGGGUUCCUUCUCGUCCUCCCCCUUACCCCUCCUUCGCCCUCCGCAGCUCCAAGAGCUCAGAGGAUCUCCUGACUCCGCCCCUUGAGCCGGAAUACACAGGACCUAACAUAGCCACACCCCCCAGACGAACCCUCACUAAUCAUCGCUCAGACGCUGACAUAAUACAAAACAAGAGGGUGGGGCCUGUUUUUAUAGCUGGGAUUCCCCUAGCAACCAGACUCCAAGCAAAAGGUGUUACCUUGCCACCUAAUCUUGAGGUGAGUAUCAAGGAAUUGAAGAAGGUUUCGUCCAAAGAGUCUGAGACUGGGUCUGAGUCUCGUAAGGUGAAGAGCUCUUCUCCGAGUUUGCAACCAAAGAAGAGAAGCCAUGUUAAGACACAGAGCCUUGGGAACAAUGUUUGGACAGCUCUUGGCAUAAAGCAGUCAAGUCGAGCCAGUAGUCCUGAACAGGUUCAGAAUGUCAGUCUAAUUGAUGACAGUAUGCUUGAUAAUAAUGUACUGGGCGUGGCCACCUCCGACUACACUACUCCUUCGGCGUCAGUCGGCUCUAAUAAUUCAAGUAUUGACGUCGCAAGUUUUGAUGAAACGACAGAAGAAGUACCAAGAGAAAGCGACGAAGAAGGUGCUUGUCUCGAUAGUGCUGAAACUGAAAUCCUUUACGAAGGAUUGCUAAAGAGGCGUGUCAUGAAGAAGUCCGGUAAAAGUUACCACAUGAAAAUAUCUCACCUAUUUUGGGUUCAACUAACUCCGUCUCAAAUCAUACUCUUACCAUCGAAAUAUAAAAACCCAAAAAAAGCCGUUAAUGGUAAUCAUUUAAAAUACAUCCAGCUGUUUGGUAGUCGCGUAAAACACGGAGAUCCUUUCCUUAAACUAAAAGACAGGCAAUUCAUACUAAUGGACAGCAAAGGCAAUGAAACUAAGUUUACAUCAGAAGGAGGUAGUGAUACUCAAGUGUGGGUGGAGCAGAUAAGAAGAGCAAUCAUUAAUGAAGAAGACAGACUACGGAGACAAGAAGAGGAGAAACCUCUAAUCAAAUUUUAAUCCAUUGUCUUGUGUCCACUUCACUGUAUCAUAAAACUAAUAAUAAUGAUAAUGUAUAUAUAAAUAUAUAUAUAUAUUCCCUUUCCAUAUCCCUCCUCUAUCUCCUCCUGCCUCUCAUAUCUAAAUAAAUAUUAAAUUAUAAUGUAAUAAUAAUAAUAAUAAUAAUAAUAAUAAUAACAACAACUGUGUUAUAUUGAUGAUAAUACUGUCCAUUAAACAUUAA